GAAGGGGGCAGAAGUGUUUCUCUUCGGCCACUUCUGAAACUGGAGCCACCAGAGAAGGAUGAGAGACAAGAAAGACUUCUCUUUUCUUUUAAUCCUGGAUAUUUGAGGGUAGAGAAGUCCAUUUGAGUCAUCCUUCAUUCAAAUGCAACUUUAAAUCUUGUCUUUUUCUGAUAUUCUCACCUUGCAUUUAGACGUUUUUUUCAUUCUCCCAGUCAGAUUGGACAUUCACUAUCGCCCAUCCUUCUCUUUGGCCCACAACCUCUUUUUUUCAUUCCUGUCUACCCACUUGGCUUUUCCUCUAUCCAUAUUUGAUCCUGAGUGGGUCUGGACCUGCACAUGGGGCAUUAAGGACAGGAGAGCAUUAAAUAACCAUGAGAGACCUGCCCAGGAACAAGCCAAUGGACCCAUCCUGAAUAAUCUUCAUCAACAAGACGAACCCAACCACAGUGAACUAAAUCAAGACCUGAGAACGAAAGGAGAAGGAAGAAGAAAGCAGAUCCAUCCCACAUAUUGACCAACUCAUCUGAUGAACAUUUUCACCAAUGUGAGACAACAGAACAGGUGCCGUUCCUGCAUUUAAAUAAAGUGUGAUCCAUAAGAAAAGUUAUUUCCUGAAGUUCAUGAGAACAACUUGAAGGGACUUGAAUCCAACCUCAUGGAUUGGUGACUGGUAGGUGUAGAAACUCAUGCAUGACUUGUGUUGCAUCCUGCACACAGAUGUUUUCAUAAAGUGAAUCGGGGUCAAAGCGUGAACAAGCUUCACCCUCUUGGCACUGAGAGAGAAGACUUUAAUACAGUUGAAGAGAUCGUCAUGAAAGGCUUAAAUCUUAGCUGGGGGUUGCUGGUGCUUCUGCUGCUCUGGACCUUGUCAGUCAUCGCUGAUGCUGCUGGCGUUGCGGGUGCAGAACGAGGAGGAGCUGGAAGAAGCCAGAGAAGAGGAGGAGGAGGUGGUGGCGGCGGCGGUGGUGCGGAUAAGAAAAGGAGGUUUCACCGCAUCCAACAUGGACAGUGCAGCUACACCUUCAUCCUGCCGGAGCUGGAAGGGUGCCAGGGAGGAUCGCUGUCACAGCAUGAACAAUAUGGUGGCUCUCGCGGCGGGGCGAGUGUCCUGCAGAGAGACUCGGCGCCAGCCGACAGUGAAUGGUCAGCUCAGAAACUGCAGCACCUGGAGAGCACAAUGGAGAACAACACACAGUGGUUGCAGAAGUUGGAGAAAGUCAUUCAGAAGAGCAUGAAGCCCGACAUCACUAACAUACCACCGCAUGUCGUUCACAACCAAACAGCCACCAUGCUGGAGAUCGGAACAAACCUUCUCAGCCACACGGCGGAGCAGACACGCAAACUUAACGUGGUCGAAGCCAAGGUGCUCAACCACACAUCUCGAAUAGAGAUCCAACUCCUGGAGAAUUCUCUGUCCACGAACAAGCUGGAGAAGGAGCUGCUGCUGCAGACGUCUGAGAUCAGUCAGCUACGAGCCAAAAACAGUCGUUUGGAGAGUAAAGUUCAGUUGUUGGAGUCUCAGCAGAAAGGAGAGCUGGAGGACAUGAGGGAGGAGAAGAACCGACUGCAGUCUGUCGUCCGGACUCAGAUGGCGGCCAUCGAGUCUUUAGAGAGGCAGCUGAGAGUCGCCAGCAGCAACAACACGGCUCUGCAGAGGCAGCAGGCUCAGCUGAUGGAGUCUGUCCACACACUCAUUAACAUGGUGGCUACUACUACAGGGUCGCCUCCCAGGAGCCAGAUGUGGAGGGACUGUGCAGAUGCUUACAAGGCGGGUCACUCUGUCAGCGGCCUGUAUCACAUCUACAUCGGCAACCGGUCUGAGCCUGUGCAGGUGUACUGCGACAUGGAGACGGCUGGUGGAGGCUGGACGGUCUUCCAGCGGAGAUUUAACGGCAGCGUGGACUUCCAGAGGAGCUGGAGGGAAUACAAAAUGGGUUUCGGGGACGUGUUAGGAGAACACUGGCUGGGUAAUGAAGUUCUGUACCUGCUGACCAGUCAGGGUCAGUACUCUCUGAGGGUGGAGCUGAGGGACUGGGAGGAUAACCCCGCCCACUCCCAGUACGACCGAUUUACACUGACCAGUGAGAGACAGCAGUACAGGUUGUAUCUGAGAGGUUACAGCGGCACAGCGGGGAGACAGAGCAGUCUGGCCACCCACGGGACCGGAUUCAGCACCCGAGACCAGGACAACGACAACUGUGACCACUGCAAAUGUGCCCUGAUGCUCACUGGAGGUUGGUGGUUUGACGCUUGCGGUUUCUCCAACCUGAACGGUAUUUAUUACACCGUCGGCCACAACAUCAGGAAGCUCAACGGCAUCAAGUGGCACCACUUCAGAGGCCCCAGCUACUCCCUGCGCUCCACCUCCAUGAUGGUACGACCCUAUGACUUCUAACAACGCCGCUCCGCCUCCGUGAUGGUACAACCUGCCAACACCCCUUUCAAAAUACCGUCCUGAUGAUGUGAAACGCCCCUCGGCUCCAGCACCACGAUGGUACAACCCUACAAACCCCCGGGCUCCACCUUCACCAUUUGAAAGUCUUGCUGGAUAAACUGUUUAAUGUCCUCUUUGAGACUUUGUUCUCAUAACCGACCCUGAAUCCACGAGAGUUUGGUUCUGCUAGAAGAGUUCACGUGUUGUUGAACAGCGUCUUUAUAUAGAGCUUUUAUCCAAAGCACUCUACAGAUUGCCUCCGACUCCCCCAUUCACACACCGACCCGUCCGACAGCUGUUCCCAACGAGAGGAAAGAAGUGUGAUGGUCUCUCCUGGAAGACUUUCAUGAUGUUUGUGCAAACCAUUGGAGGAAUAUUGUGUAAGAAUGAUCAAAGAGAGGUAGAGAGAGAAGCCAGACUCCUUUCUCACGUUCACAAACAGCUGGCCAAUCACAGAAAGACCCUCACACAGACCCUCCAGUGUGGGGAAGGUGUGAGGGGAGGGGAGCAGCUUCACGGUACAGCCUUCUAUUACUUCAAAGCAUCUCCAUGAUCCCGACGUUCGGCCGAUAAAUCAAUGCAUCCCUGUUGAUAAUAAUAAUGUCUGAUACACACAGGUAAAUGUUAUUAUGAGCCCAAAAGGCUGAUGGAACAAUAAAGACUGAAAUCAAUAAGAAAUGGAUGAACUGACUUUUAAUUUGACUUCUUUAAAUGAAGCCAAUGAUCCGACUGAAGUUUCUGCGUAUUAAUCAAUAUUUUAAUGUCUGAAUGUGGAAGCGUCUGAUCGAUGUGCCGAAGAAGAAACCGAUCGAUCUGAGAUUGAGCAACAAUGUUUUCUCCUUCAAACCCAAAAACCCUCUGGAGAACCACAGCGAGGGUUGUGGUUUCUGGAUGUCUGUGUCCUGUUAAUGAGAGCUAACAGAGAGACGUUGGACAUUAUGGUUCUAAUUAUCCUCCAGGAACAGAACAGUGAGCAGACUGAAGUGUUCUGAUGGAUGAGUAAUCAAACCAACAGCAACACUUCCAAUCUUCAUCCACAUACUGUAACAUUUACUCUGGAUGUCUGAACAGUGAAGGAAGGAAACAACCGAGGAACUAAGUGAACAACUAAGUGAAAAAUUAUACUUUAUUAUUAGUUUGUUUGAUGUUGAAAGUCUGGAAAACGAGCGAGAAAGAAGAAAUCAAACCAGAGUCCAGAAACAGAAAUGUUUCUUUAAUUAACGUCCUAAUCCAAACAACACGCAGCCACAUGAGCUACAGCACAUAAUUAUAUCAUUGAUUAGACUGUCGUCAUCUGAACCGUGUUUCUGUUUCUCACCACACACACACACACACACACACACACACAUAUUACAGAGAUAACAAAGAGAAGUUGUUUUUGGUCAGGUUGUGUGAUAGCUCAUGUUUCAUUAGCAGGUUAUUGGUACCACAGUGUAACAACUGGAUGUGUGUGUGAGUGUGUGUGUGUGUGUGUGUGUGUGUGUGUGUGUGUGUGUGUGUGUGUGUGUGUGUGUGUGUGUGUGUGUGUGUGACAGUCAGUCUUUGAUUAUAAACUGUAAUUUUCUCAACAUGCUUCAGACUAUUCAUCGUUUGGAAAGAGCAGCACAGAUAUUCACUGCCUGAUAAAGUUAAUACUAAUAAACAAUCAGUAAUCAAUAACUUCAGCAUGAUUGAUUUUUAUAUUUCAGUGUUAAUAUUCAACGUCAGCAGCAGAACCAGAAUUCAUCCAGUAUUCUGCUGGUGUCAGCCAGCAGCGCUAACGUGAUUAGCAUUAAAGGUGUCAGUGAUACAGCACAGACAGAAUGACUGUUCCUCUUUAGGGUCGAGACCAGAACCCGAAAUGGACCCGAGCACGGCCGCACCCACAACUGAGGUCACUGAGGUCCGGACCUCGAUAUCUUUUCAGAGAGGACAAUACGAGUCGUCAGAUUAUCACCUGAAAGUAACUUUCCCUCCAUGUGUUUGACCCGUUCUGUGACACAAAUCUAAAACCCGGCAACAGUGGAAGGGUUAGGGUUGGGUUCAGGGUUCAGAGUUCAGGGUUAGGGGUUCAGGGUUAGGGUUGUGUUGUGUUCAGGGUUCAGAGUUAGGGUUGUGUUGUGUUCAGGGUUCCAGGUUCAGGGUUCAGAGUUAGGGUUGUGUUGUGUUCAGGGUUCAGGGUUCAGAGUUAGGGUUGUGUUGUGUUCAGGGUUAGGGUUAGGUUGGGUUCAGGGUUCAGAGUUAGGGUUGUGUUGUGUUCAGGGUUCAGGGUUAGGGUUGUGUUGUGUUCAGGGUUCAGGGUUAGGGUUGUGUUGUGUUCAGGGUUCAGGGUUCAGAGUUAGGGUUGUGUUGUGUUCAGGGUUCAGAUGAAUUGGGGUCCUGGCACCUUUAGUGGUCCAGUUCAGUUGCUGGUUGAGUCAGAAACAAUCUCUAACAUGCUUUCUGGUGAUAGAAGGUUUCCAUGUGACAGUAUUGAUCGAUUAUUAAUCAGCAGAAUUCUCCUUUAAAUAUCGAUAAACUUCUUGUGCAGGUUCUUAGUGAGAAUAAAGUAAAGUAAAUAUUAAAUGCACUUUAUGGAACAGACGUUUAGGACGGAGUGCAACCAUCUUUGCUCUGUUGCUGUGUAUUGUUUGUUAUUGUGUAUUAACCUUUCAGGUUUAUUUACUGCGUGUGUGGAGCAAAAGCUUUUCCACUCAAAUGUUUUGUACAAUAAAAUAUGUUAAUAAAACCGGUCUGAGGUGUAUUUCA